AUCGGAUCGGCACAUGGUUUUUGUCCGCUACCAUCGACCAACUAGCACUCAGUUGUCUUCGCGACUUGAACAGGUGCGGACGUCGCUGCUCCCGAAUUUUAUUUUGAAACUCUUUCGAAAUCUUCUGUGCGUGCCGUUUGAAACCGAAGAAAGCGCCGCGGCGCUCGCUGACAUGAAGUUAAUUGAUGUGAUUAUAUACCUAAUUGCCAUUUUGAUCUUCAUCUACUUGCUGCUGGAGUAGCAGAAGAAGCCAAAAGUCGCUCGACAUUUGCCCCAGAGCUUUCUACAGGCAAAGCAGCCAACUGCCGCCAAUAAAACAACGAAACUCAAUUCAAAUCCGAAACAAGAUGAGGCCUUUCCUCCUGCUGGCCCUGAUCUUGGCGCUGGCCCACUGCGAGCAGCGUCCCCUGGUCUUCACCAACUGGCCGCCCAAGAGCGCCAAGCAGCUAAGUCGUCCUGCUGCCGUUGGAUCCGCAGGAGCAGCUGGUCCGCCUGGUAAACAGCGCACCCUGGUUGUCCAAAUUCGCAGCGAUCAGCCGGUUCCCUUGGUUCUGAAGGGUCGUCCUGGUCAUGGCCCUCAUGCCCAUUCGCAUGCCCACACCCAUGCCGCCCACCUGGCCCAUCCGCACUCCGUGCAUCCGCAUGUCCUGACCGCCCACCCUCACUCACAUGCCCAUUUGCACUCGCAUCCUUUGAUCCACGUGCCCCAGCAUCAGUAUCAACACCUGCGCGGACCUCCGCGUCCCAUGAAGCUGAGUGGUCCCUCCCCAGUUUACCUGAAACCCGCUGGAGCCCUAAGGAAACCCCUGAAGAUCAAGCUGAACAAUGUUAAGCCCAAGGCGAAACCCACUUUCGGAUACGACAAGCCCUUCAAGUACGAGAAACCCUCGGCUGUGAGCUACAGCGAACUCCAGAAUCUGCCGCUGGACACGCACAACAACUUCAACACCGAGCACUUUGCACCCAUUUACACGGUUCCCGCACCGAACCUGGCCGACAACCACCUGGACGUGGAGGAGGGUCACCUCGACUCCUCCUACCUGUACACGCCCCCCUCCCACUCCCCCUCGGCCCGUCCCCAGACAUACUUGCCGCCGAAGUACAGUGUGCAUGAGGACGAGACGAAUGACCAAACCAUCCGCGAUCCCAUUUCGGGCUCGCAGAAACUCUUUGCCCCAGAUCCGGAUCCCUCGCUGCCCACCACCAAGAUUCGUCCGUCCACCGAGUCGUUUAAUACGCCGAGCAACAACAAGCCGCUGCCCGCCGAUGUCCAGAGCAAUCAUCUGCCCGCCCAGCCGCUGGUCCAGAUCGUUGGAGCCCAGGCGGCGGCACAGACGGCGCCGGAGAUCUAUCCCAUUCAGUAUGCGCAGCCUGUCCAGCCGGUUGUCCAGCAGUCGCAUCAGUCCUUCAUCGCCGCCAUUCCCGCUGCCCACAUCCCCAUCUACAAUCCCACCUAUCUGGUGACGCAGUCCAAUCAGCUCUACUCCGCGCACAAGCAGCAACUCUUCAAGCCCAGCGCGGAACCGGUGGUGGAAUCGGGCUACGUGAACGCCGAUCUCACCCAGGAGGUGGCCAGCAACGGACAGAUCCUGCAGGCGGCCAAGGACCCCCAUCACAACAUCCAUCCCGUGCUGGAUUCGGCGCCGCAAUACGCCGCUCUGAUUGCCGCCCCUGCCUUGGGUGAUCAUGGCGAGAGUGCCUACGAGACGGCCUCCUUCCACCUGCCCAAUGUGGCCUCGGCGGUCACGGCCUCCGUUCCCGAGGGCGGCUUCGUAGUGUCCAAUUUCUAUGGCCACGCCCACGACUCGUCGCAGUUGCUGCAGGCCUACGCCGAGGAGGAGGCACGCCGCCAGCAACUGGAAACAGAACAUGCCGCCAUCGAGCUGCAGAAGCAGCAACAGUUGCAUCUCGAGGAGUUGAAGGUGCAGGCCCAGGAGCAACAGCAGCAGCAUCAAUUGCAUCUGGAGGAGCUGAGGGCCCAGGCGCAGUACCAGCAGCAGCAACAGCAGCAAUUCGAGCAGUUGCAGGCCCAGGCACAGGAGCAACAUCUGCAGCAGCAACACCAGCAGCAACAGUUGCAGCUCCUGCAACUGCAGCAGCAACAGCAGCAGUUGCAGCAGCCGGUGCAACACCAUCCGCAGCAGCAACAGCAACAGGUGGCUCAGGAUCCGGCAGCCACAGCCUUCGAGGAGCAUCAGCGCCUGGUGCAGCAGCAAUUGGGCUCCAACACGCCACUUCGCAUCUUUGUGCCCGACGAGGAGACCUCCGAAUCGCGGCUGCAAAAGCGGUCGGAUGACCUGAAGAAGGGCACCGUGGAGGAUGUGCCCAGCGCGGGUCUGAUCGAGAGCGACAGCGAGGAGUCAGCCAAAGAUUUGUUCGAGGUCUCCACCUCCGUCGAAGUGGCCGGCGAGCAUCUCACGGCCAGCAGUAAUUAGUUAAGGCACAUUUAGUCUUCGACGCUGUUCAAAAAUAUUUAUUUACACACUCAUUUGUAAAAACGCAUUCAUGUAGCGAGCAGUCGGUAGUUUAAUAAAAAUAACCAUUAAUUUAUUCAAA